UCUCCUCCACUCAGCUGCUGGGGCAGCCGUUCCUCCAGGUGCUGCUGCUGCCCGCCUUCCCCCGCCUCCUCCCGCGCCCUUCAGCUCCCGCCCAAGGCGGAGCGCGAGGAGCGGGGCGCGGCCGGUCUCGGGGCGGGAGGGGGAGAGGGCGGGGAGUGCGCAUGCGCGGAGGCGCAGCGAGCGACCUCGGAAGGGGCGGGGCGAGGCGCGGCGCGGCGCGGCGCGGCGCGAUGCGAACGGCGGGAGCAUGACAGGUGGCGGGAAGCGGCGGCAGCGCGCGGCGGAGCCGGAGGGAGAGCAGUGCGACAAAAACAAGGAAUACAAGAAGAGGCGGUCAGGCCAGGCAGAGGCACGCGAUGCCCUCCAGCAAGAAGCAGAGACGUGCUAUCAGCUGAGGCUGCCUGAGGACUUCUACCAGUUCUGGAAGUUUUGUGAGGAACUAGAUCCCGAGAAACCAGCUGAUGCACUUGUGUCAAGUGUUGGGCUUACACUGGUUGGACCUUAUGACAUUCUUGCUGGGAAACACAAAAAAGCAAAAUCAACAGAUGUGAACUUCAGUCUUCACUGGAGAUUCUUCUAUGACCCCCCUGAAUUCCAGACUAUACUUGUCGGCGAUAGCAAAACACAGUAUCACAUGGGAUAUUUCAGGGAUGUGCCAGAUGAGCUUCCAGUGUGGGUUGGUGCAAAUGAAGCAAGGAAGAGCUGUCUGAUUUCACAAGUUGGUGAUAAUGUAUUUGCUGCAGUCAAAUUAUUUUUGUCAAAAAAACUUAAGGAAGUGACUGAUAAAAAGAAAACUGCUGUUUUGAAAGACAUAGAUGAAAAGCUAACAAGGACAGCAAAAGAAUUGGGUUAUUCUCUGGAACAAAAAACCACGAAGAUGAAACAGAGAGAUAAAAAAGUGGUGGCUAAAACAUUUCAUGGAGCAGGCCUGGUUGUUCCUGUAGACAAAAAUGAUGUUGGAUACAGAGAACUUCCUGAAACAAACACUAAUCUUAAGAAAAUAUGUAAGGCCAUCGUUGAUGCUCCUACUGAUGAUGAGAGACUGAAGGCGUUUGCACCCAUUCAAGAAAUGCUCACCUACGUUCAGUUUGCUAAUGAUGAAUGUGACUAUGGAAUGGGAUAUGAACUGGGGAUGGAUCUUUUCUGCUAUGGCUCACACUACUUCCACAAGACCGUGGCCCAGCUGCUGCCGCUCGCCUACAGCCUGCUGAAGAGGAACCUCUUUGCCGAGGUGAUCGAGGCGCACCUGGCAGACCGCAGGCAGGAGGGCCUGGACCGCCUGGCGCCCUGAGCUGGGGCAGCACCAGGGCUAUGCUCGUGUUGUGGGGUGUGGGCUAUUUUAUUCAUUCCGUGCUAUUUUUCCACGUGGAAACGUGUUCUGUGCUGUUAAUAAAGCUUUCCUAAGGACUGGC